CGGGCGCCAUUUUGUGAGGAGGGCUAUAAACGGGCGCUGGGGCCGACUGCCCGCCCAGUUGUUUCUCUGGUGGAGUCGGCUCCGUGGGUGUCUCGCUCGCGUCGCCCCGUCCGGCCUCUCCCAGCGUCCCCACGCGGGAGCCGACUGCCAGAGGCGCGGCGCGGCGUCGAGCCGGGCUAGUCCGAGGAAACCGCCGUCUCCGCCGCGCGCGCGGGCCCGCUCGUUUGUCGGCGCGCAGUCGCGGCCCCCGGCCGACUCUCCAGGGCCAUGAGUUACGGUCGCCCGCCUCCCGAUGUGGAGGGCAUGACCUCCCUCAAGGUGGACAACCUGACCUACCGCACGUCGCCCGACACCCUGAGGCGCGUGUUCGAGAAGUACGGGCGCGUGGGCGACGUGUACAUCCCGCGGGACCGCUACACCAAGGAGUCCCGCGGCUUCGCCUUCGUCCGCUUCCACGACAAGCGCGACGCCGAGGACGCCAUGGACGCCAUGGACGGGGCCGUGCUGGACGGCCGCGAGCUGCGGGUGCAGAUGGCGCGCUACGGCCGCCCCCCGGACUCGCACCACAGCCGCCGGGGCCCGCCGCCCCGCCGGUACGGGGGCGGCGGCUACGGGCGCCGGAGCCGCAGCCCUCGGCGGCGCCGCCGCAGCCGCUCCCGGAGUCGGAGUCGCUCCCGGUCCCGCAGUCGCUCCCGCUACAGCCGCUCCAAGUCCCGGUCCCGCACCCGCUCGAGGUCGCGGUCCACCUCCAAGUCCAGGUCGGCGCGAAGAUCCAAGUCCAAGUCGUCGUCGGUGUCCAGGUCCCGUUCGCGCUCCCGGUCCCGGUCCCGGUCCCGGAGUCCUCCGCCCGUGUCCAAGAGGGAGUCCAAGUCCAGGUCGCGCUCCAAGAGCCCCCCCAAGUCUCCCGAGGAGGAAGGAGCGGUGUCCUCUUAAGCAAAUGCUGCGGUCUCCUGUUUGAUAAAAGAAUAUUGGCCAGUAUUGCAGAUUUUAACUGAUUUGGCUGAUCCUCCAGGGACCAGUUUCUGUGGGCGUGUAUUGGAGCAGGUUUGUCUUUAAACGUUAAAGAUGCACUAUCCUCUUAGAGCAAACAAUCAGUUCAACUAUUGUUGUACUGACUGGGACUUCAUAUUCUAACGGAUGUGGCAAACGAAUUGCAAAGCGGAGCAAUGAACUUUUGGAACCCCAAAAAAGUUUACAGGUAUCGCGCUGGGUGGGGAAAGGAUAGUGUGUCUUUAACUCUUAAAUUGUUUGGUCCUAUUUUUUAAAAGGAAAGGGCCCUAAGUAGCUCGAGAUAUUUAAAGCCUUUAUUCUCAAUUGCCAAACGUUUCAUUUGAAAGCUAAACAUUUAUCGUAAAAUAGACUGUCUGAUUUCAAGUUUUGGUUUGGAUACGGUCCUUUUUUUUUGUUUUGUUUUUUGUUUUUUGUUUUUUUUAUUCCCCCUCUCUCUUCCUUUUUUUUCCCCCUUCCCCCUCCUUUUUCUUUCUUUUUCCCUCCCUUAUUUCUCACCUUGGUUAUUUGGCCAAGAUUGCAUAAACACAAAUUUGUAAAAGCGGAUGGUUAGUCUUUGUGAAAAUUUCCCAAUUGGGCCUUUCUUUAAAAAAACUGAUAAUGGCUGGGUGGAACCUUUCCGUAACCUACUUGUUUCACCAGAGCCUUAGUCAGUACAUGCCUGAAACUGAAACCAUGUGCACUUUGGGUAACUUCCUAGCGAUGGAAGGUAAACUGAACUUUUUUCUUUUCAAACCUAGAUGUGGCCACGAGCAGCGUAACUAAAGGAAGACUUGGGGGAAGAGGACCACACACUCAGUCCAUCGAAGAGUCCUUGGAACAAGCAACUGGCUAUUGAAAAGGUUAUUUUGUAACAUUUUGUCUAACUUUUUACUUGUUUUAAAGCUUUGCCUCAGGUGGCAAACUUCAUUUUAUGUGCCAUUUUGUUGCUGUUAUUCAAAUUUCUUGUAAUUUAGUGAGGUGAACGACUUCAGAUUUCAUUAUUGGCUUGGAUAUUUGAGGUAAAUUUUCCUUUUUGUUUAUAUAGUGCUGACUUUUUUUGUUUGAAAUUAAACAGAUUGGUAACCUAAUUUGUGGCCUCCUGACUUUUAAGGAAACGUGUGCAGCCAUUACGCACAGCCUAAAGCUGUCAAGAGAUUGACUCAACAUUGCCUUCAUUCCUUAAAAUUAAAAAGCUACAAAAGUUGGUGUCAGUUUGUUUGUAUAUGUUAUUUACCUUCAGAUCUAAGUGGUGAUCUGAACCCAAAUUUGUGUAAAGACUUUUCAGGUGAAAAGACUUGAUUUUUUGAAAGGAUUGUUUACCAAACACAAUUCUAAUCUCUUCUCUUGUGUAUUUUUGUGCACUAGGCGCAGUUGUGUAGCAGUUGAGUAAUGCUGGUUAGCUGUUAAGGUGGCGUGUUGCAGUGCAGAGUGCUUGGCUGUUUCCUGUUUUCUCCCGGUUGCUCCUGUGUAAAGAUGCCUUGUCGUGCAGAAACAAAUGGCUGUCCAGUUUAUUAAAAUGCCUGACAACUGCACUUCCAGUCACCCGGGCCUUGCAUAUAAAUAACGGAGCAUACAGUGAGCACAUCUAGCUGAUGAUAAAUACACCUUUUUUUUUCUCCCCUUCCCCCCAAAAUGGUAAAUCGGAUCAUCUUCAUGUAUGAACUUAAAAUGCGGAAAAUGUUAAGGAAGCAAAUGGUUUGUAACUUUGUAAGUACUUAUGACAUGGUGUAUCUUUUUGCUCAUGGAUAUUCUGUACUAUAACCGUUGUUUCUGUAGUUUAAUUAAAACGUUUUCUUGGUGUUA